CUCACAACACAGCAUAUAUACAAUUAAGGGCUCCCUUCUUUCUAGUCCAAAAAAAUCAUGACUUCCUCUAAAGCUUUUCUCUACUUGGUCUUCGUCUUUUCACUUCAUUUCUUCACUGCUCUUUCUACUGAAUUCACUGUUGGUGGUGACAAAGGAUGGGUUGUCCCUCAAGCAAAAGAUGAUCAAGUAUACAACGAGUGGGCUGCCAAGAAUAGGUUCAAGGUUAAUGACACCUUAAGGUUUGAGUACAAUAAGGACUCGGUGUUGGUGGUGACUGAAGCAGAGUACGAGAAGUGCAAGUCAGCACAUCCAAUCUUCUUCUCCAACAAUGGAACAUCCAUCUACAAAUUGGACCGACCCGGCUUGUUCUACUUCAUCAGUGGAGUAUCAGGACACUGCGACAGGGGUAUGAAAAUGAUAGUCAAAGUAUUAGAAAAACCAGAAACCCCACCUCAAGUUUCUAAUCAGACUACUGGUGGAACACCUACUAAAAGUGGUGCAACUCAGUUGGCUAACGUUGUUGCUUCUCCAAGUCAUGUUAUGGUGUUUCUGGUUUCAUUCUUUGGAGCUAUUUUUAUUUAGUUUAGAAAUCCUGAAGAUUAUCAUUUGUUUUAGGGUUAUGUAGUGUGAUUUUAGGGCGAGACUAGUUAGGAUAUUAGAAAAUUAUCAUCGACUCUUUGAACUUGCUACUUUGAUGUUUGGAAUAA